GAUAGCAAACCGACGUGUACAGACGGUAGCACACUUUUCCUCAGUGUCUCCGACCACAUCACUAACUCUUCAUCCCCUCUCUCCCAGAAGAGUCAGAGUAAUGGUCCGGAGAAGGAGAAAGACGGAGUGAUCCAGAACUUCAAGAGGACUUUGUCUAAGAAAGAGAAGAAGAAGGAGAAGAAGAGGGAGAAGGAGUUCUCCCGGAUCCCCGACGGAGACGAGCAGGCACUCAACCGAGAGGACGGGGAAAACAACCGUCUGGCGGCAGAGGUUUACAAAGACAUGCCGGAGACCAGCUUCACGAGGACCAUCUCCAACCCCGAGGUGGUGAUGAAGAGGAGGCGCCAGCAGAAACUGGAGAAACGCAUGCAGGAGUUCAUGAGCAGCGACGGGAGGCCGGACUCAGGUUUGUGGAGCUUCUAA